AAGAAGAAGAUGUUGGUAGUUGCAGAGGAAAUUCGAAAGGGGCCUUGGACAGAGCAAGAAGAUGUUCAACUGAUGUGCUUCGUGCGAUUAUUCGGAGAACGUCGAUGGGAUUUCAUAGCCAAAUUUUCAGGUCUCAACAGAACUGGAAAGAGUUGUAGGUUACGUUGGGUUAAUUACUUGCAUCCAGGCCUCAAACGUGGAAGGAUGACUCCUCAAGAAGAGCGAACUGUGCUUGAACUCCACUCUCGUUGGGGCAAUAGAUGGUCAAGAAUUGCUCGCAGAUUACCGGGUCGAACUGAUAAUGAGAUAAAGAACUAUUGGAGAACACAUAUGAGGAAGAAAGCACAAGAGAGGAAGAAAAGCGCUUUUUCACCACUACUACCUUCAUCAGCCACUUCUUCUAAUUCUCCACCACUACAAGAUAGUAGUAAUACUAUUUCAGGGGUUUCUCUCCCUGAUGAAAGCCAGAGGAUCAUAGAAGGAAGCUUAUUGAUGAAUAUUGAUGAUGACAAAGGUGAUUUGGUUGUGAGUACAGGAGAUCAUCAUCAGAGUGAGGAAGAAGUUGGAAAAGGGUAUUACUACUCCAUGGAUCAAAUAUGGAAGGAAAUUGCCUUAAUGGAAGAAGAUGUGAUCAGUAGUAUUAGUAGUACUGGACCAGUUCAUGUGGGAAAUGAAGAACACAAGGGGGAAGAUGCAGCUUACACUUUCUUAACUCCUCCAAUUCCAAUGGCUCCUCCUUCUUCUUCUUCUUCUGCUUCUUCUUGGAAUAUUAACUAUUGUUCAGAUUCACUAUGGAGGAUGGAUGAUCAAGAAGACAUCAAGAUGCCACUUCCCACCAUGGGAGAUUAUUUUGUUUCUGACUAUGGAAAUGGGAUUGAAUACUGA